GCUGUUAUGAUGGCAGUAUGAAGAGAUAGCAGCAGAUUAUGGGCACCGUUAGCUCAGCUGUUUGAUUUAUUUAACGCUUGAUUUCCCGCCGGCUUUUACACGAACACAGAAAGAGAGAAAUGCAGAGAAUAAGGUCUUUAAACAUCGGCUGGCAGCUGCUGAAAUCAAGCUGUGAGGGAGCAGCAAAACAAGCGAACACCUCGUCUUUGACCUCAAGAAAUUAUAGCAAUAUCCCUCCUCGACAGGGCCCCAACUCUUUUGGGCUCCUCUUUGACAUAGAUGGGGUACUGGUGCGGGGCAGGACACUCAUCCCUGCAGCCAAGCAGUGCUUCAGAAACCUGGUCGACCGCAAUGGGAAAUACAAGGUGCCUGUGGUGUUUGUCACCAAUGCUGGGAACUGUAUGAGGCAGACCAAAGCUGAGCAUCUGUCACAUCUGCUGGAGGUGGAGGUGUCUCCGGACCAGGUGAUGUUGUCCCACAGUCCUUUGCGAAUGUUCACCCAGUUCCACAAAAUGUGCGUACUGGUCUCGGGACAGGGUCCUGUUGAGGAGGUGGCUCACAACCUGGGCUUUCAGGAUGUUGUUACUAUAGAUAAACUCAGAGAGGCGUAUCCUAUUUUGGAUGUUGUGGAUCACAAUAGAAGGCCCAAAGACAGUAUUCCACCCACCAAAGGUUUACGGCCAAUAGACGCUGUCAUCUUAUUUGGCGAGCCAAUCAGAUGGGAGACCAACCUCCAGCUCAUCGUCGAUGUCCUACUAACCAACGGAAACCCAGACAAUCCCUGGAGUUCAAUGCACUACCCUCACAUCCCAGUGCUGGCCUGUAACAUGGACCUGCUGUGGAUGGCUGAGGCCAAGAAUCCCAGGUUUGGACACGGUAUGUUCCUGGUGUGCUUAGAGAGCCUUUACAAGAAGGUGACUGGCCAUGAUCUGAAGUACGAGGCUCUGAUUGGUAAACCCAGUGUGGUGACUUAUAACUAUGCUGAGCUGCUGAUCAGACAGCAGGCUGAGAGACUUGGCUGGAGCACGCCUGUGAAGACACUCUAUGCUAUAGGAGAUAACCCCAUGGCUGACAUAUAUGGCGCCAAUCUCUACAACCGCUACCUCCAGGCUUCUCUGCACACUAAGGCCCAGAUGCAAGCUAAGAGUGGUGGAGGAGGAGCAGAACCCCUGGCAGAAACUGUUGAUGAUGUCCCUAAAAUGACAUCAGCAGAACUAGGCGGAGCAUCGAGUGCGUACGGGGCAGAGGAGGAUCUCCCUGAGAGGUGCAGCUCCAUCCUGGUGUGUACAGGAGUGUACAGCAGAGACCAGCAGGAACUGCCCUCAGACACAACACAGACCGUCACCGAGCAGCGUAUUUUCCAUGGCCACAGGGACUUUCGCUUUGACCCCAGCCUCACACAGCCGUCCUUCGUGGUGCAGGAUGUAAAGGAGGCGGUAGAGUUGGUGUUCCAGCAGGAGGGCUGGCCGCUGGAGUAGGCUGAGCACCUGGGCUCUGUCUCAUAUCUGUCCAGCUCUAACAGCCCUUAAUUGGCAGUAGCAGAAGCUUAUAGAGAGUGUAUUUUUUCUACUUGUGCCCUUGUUUAUGACAGGGGAGAUGUAGCCGCUUUGGUGGCGAGUCCUUCUAGGUUUUUAUUAAGAGCUAUAGGAUCUGCUCCAAAAAGCAACAAUAUGCUGUUUUAGCACUAAUUAUACGAUGGUCACUGAUAUUUUAAGUUGUCAUGUAUGUUCGUGUGUUGCAUACUGCUGCUUUUUUUUUUAUUCUUCAUGAAUAACACACUUAUCAUUGUUUGUAGUGGCCCAACCUCCUGUGCAUACUUAAGGUCAUCAAGCUGGACUUCAGUCCUCUCUUUGUUAUGUGCAACACGAUCAUUAUCAGCUUUCUCUUUUUUUAUAGCGCACAUUUGUUAAGAACUCAAGUUUUGUGAGAGUUUGGGGACAUUGUUCACACAGAGUUACACCAGAGGCUGAAAAUAAUAUCCUUAUUGAUCCAGAAAGAGCACUAAAAAGUCACCUCUGCUGGUCUGUGACGAUAUGACAUAAUGUUCUGCUAAAAAUGUUAUUCUUUGCACAACAGUCUACCUAAAAGGGUCAUCUUGCCUUGCUAAUUAAAAGCACCUUGGUCUUAUGUAGACCAGUUCUGCUGUUUAUUUGUUUUUUAACUGGUGUUUUUCAUCUUGAUUAAUUUUAAACUAGGGUGAAACCACUAAUGCUUAUGAGAAGAGGUUGCCAGAUGUCAGGUUUAGUACCUCAUCACUUUCAAUUUUAACCUUAAUCAAGAGUAUGGUCAUUAGUUUUUUUUGUUGUUGUUGUUGAAAGAAAAGCACUCAUUUUGUGAGAAUGUCACUAUUAAACAAAGUAUCAGAAAUAUAAAGGGUGCUAUUUUUCUGUGACACAGAAACAUUUUAACAGAUGGUUGAUGUGUAUGUCUGUAUUAUGAGACUUAUGUGGGAGAAAUAGUUCAUUACAGUCACAAUGCCAGUGAAAAUGUCAUACAGUGUUUGUUUGUUAUGUUUGGAACUGACGGGUGUAACGAGGCAUUGUUUGUGGGCGACUUAAACUGAAAUGAAAACUGUACAAGUCUGGUAAUGUAAUGUAUGAACCAUACUGUGGGAAAUAUCAAUUAAACAAAUGUGACACACA